UGAGUUGGGCUUCCUUUGUGAAGCACUGACAUUGUUUCUGGAAACACAGAAUUCUAUAGUGUAGUCUUAUGAACCUGCUCUCUGAACACAAUAUAAUGGCACAGAAUUUUAACUGGAGCACGUUGAUGAAGACAGGUGCCAGGAUCACAGUGGACGACGAUCAACCAUUUUGGGAGGCCUAUGACAGCCUUUACAAUGAUACGGAUUAUAAUGGCAGCUGCUGUGAAGGCGGUGACGUGUGUGACCAGGAGGAGGCCAUGCAUUUCGAGGCGGUGUUCAUCCCAGUUCUGUACUCUGUGGCGUUUGUGGUGGGCAUCCUGGGAAAUGGAGUGCUGCUGGGAGUUCUGGCCCAGAGCAGGAAGUGUUGGAGCGUGACGGACACUUUCAUCCUCCACCUGGGUGUGGCCGACAUCCUGCUGCUGGUGACCCUACCCCUCUGGGCCGCAGAGGCUGCUCAACGGGAAGGCUGGACCUUUGGUACUCCUCUGUGCAAGAUCACUGGGGCCCUUUUUACGAUCAACUUCUACUGUGGUAUUUUCCUGCUGGCUUGCAUCAGUCUGGACCGCUACCUGUCCAUUGUCCAUGCCACGCAGAUGUACUCACGUAGAAACCCUUGGGUUGUCCAGGCCAGCUGCUUCUCAGUGUGGCUCUUCUCACUGAUCCUCUCCAUCCCCGACUGGAUCUUCCUGGAAGACGAGAGAGACGGGAGACGAGAAAAAACCGAGUGCAUUCGCAACUACCUCAAGUUUUCUUCUCAGUCGGUUGGUGAGUGGCGACUGGCCUCGCGCUUGCUCUACCACAUUGUGGGCUUCCUGGUCCCUUCAGCUAUCCUGAUCUUCUGCUACUCCUGCAUUCUGCGCCGGCUGCGCUGUGGCAACCAAGGCCUCCAGAAGCAGAAAGCGUUCAGGGUGAUUUUGUCAGUGGUGGUGGUUUUCUUCCUCUGCUGGACGCCGUACAACAUCACUCUCUUGGUGGACACUCUUCACACCAGCAACAACACCGACAGCUGUGACGUCAGGACAACUCUGGAUAAAGCCAAAACCAUCACCUCCACCAUAGGGUACCUCCACUGCAGCCUCAACCCCAUCCUGUAUGCAUUUGUGGGAGUGAAGUUCCGGCGUCAGCUCCUCGACAUCCUCAGGUCUCUGGGCUGCAAGAUAAAGACGAGUGCCACACUGAAAUCUGUCGUCAGCAGCAGGAGGAGCUCCUUAUGGUCUGAGUCUGCUGACACCUCCAACUCCAUCGCUAUCUGAGUACCAGAGGUUAAACACGUGAACACACUCCAGCUGCAGGAGGCUGGAAAAAUAGUUGAUUGUUUAGUUUGACCUGUUUUAGGAUCAAUGCCCUCUGACCUGAGCUCCUCUCAUCAGAUUAGUGCAGACAUGUGCACUUGUUUUAUAAGUGACAGAUGACCCAGAGUGCUUCUCUCCUCCCACAGCCCAAAAACCUGCAGAGGUUAUUUGGACACUUCCCAUAGUUGUGUAUGUGAUCGUGAAUGGCUGUUCAUCACCACACGUUGGUCCUUCAAUGGACUGGCGACCCUCAUGUGGAGCCAGUGCGAUCUCUCCAUCUCUGAAUCUCCUUGUUGAUACUGACAUGUGUUUUAUUGCAUUGCGUCUAAUUCUUUUUGACUGUUUCCUUUAUUUAGGUUUCUCUCCAGCCAGCGUGUCCAUGUGGACCCCAUCAGGGUCAUAUUUGAGGUAUAAUUUGAAGUAUAUUUGCUCACUUCAAGCUCAUGUCCACUUAGAACCCUUUCAAACUGAAAGUCAGAAACAGGCACACAUAUCAUAUGCUAGAAAAUGACUCAAGGGGGGAAAAUGCUGGUAGACAAACAGGUAGAUGAUCAAAUGACACGGGGCAGAAUAUACAUUAUACUCAAGGUUGGGGCUCACAAGCUACGGGUGCAAACAAUAAGGGUGGGGUUAGAAAUCAGGCCAAGUAAAGUAUCUGACAUGAGAAAACAAAGUGAAUACCAAAAUAAAACAGUAACUCAAUGACUAAUGAGUGAAAGAACCAAAAACGUCACCUCAACAGGUGACAGAUGUCACAGGAGCAUUUUCUGGUCAGAAAAGGCCACAGUAACCAUGGAAACUUUUGAGGUAAUGCAAGGAGGUCUAUGGGUACCCAGACCUGUGUAAUCCAUUGCUCAAAGAUACAUAAACAUAAAAAUCUGGGUGAACUGCCAGUGAGAAAUCGUUGCUUCUGGCCAGUGCAUGACAAGAAACAAAAACAAAUGCUGCCUACUGUGCCUUUGAUAACCCUGAUAAUGUGUACAUAAGGACCGAGACAUGAGCAGCUGAGCAUACAUGUGUUUUAUAUACCGCUCACAUGUUGUAUAGUGUUUUCGUGAAACCGCGACAUUAUUAUGAUCACAUGAUCUCCCUCUGAAACUGAGCUCAUGCACCUGCGCUUACACACUUCCUCUGUCAGCUCCACAUACUAUAGGCUACUGUGAAUAUCAAAGCUUUACUUUUACAUAUGUUUUAUACUCACUCAUUUUUUUUAAACUGCAUAUUUCAUUGUGUUGUUGUGUAAGGAAUA